AUGUCCUUUCUAAACCGCCUAGCCGGUCUUCUUGGCCUAUCAUCCUCGACCCCUGUUGCGCCUCCGGGCGCCGCCCUCGCAGCAACUGUCACAGUGCCUGCAUCGUUGGGGUUUGUCCCGGUCGCUAUUCACUUUGAUCUCUUCAACAUCAUCGUUGGCCAUGGCACUGCGACCGCUGAUGAAGUGACGAAAACCUGUAAUGCGCGUAUCAAAGCGCGAGGGAAAAAUGAACCUGAACUAAGUACCAGAUUAGCCUCGGACACCUUGUACAUCAUGUCUGGGCUCGGCUUGGUCGAGCGCGUGGCCGAGGACAUCUUCGCUGCAAAUGCAAUCACAAAACACAUGGUCGCCAUGCCAUCCGCGCAGCAUGGCGCACUGCAUUUGUCAGUCCCGUUUCCCUUACAGCUCCCAAAUCGCAAACUAAUCCCAACCAGUACCACCGAAGGCCUAAUGGCAGGCGCGUUCCUGAUGAAGAAGCUUCAGGACACGGGCUUUGCUUAUCCGUUUGCCGAUGCAGAUGGCCCCCUGCAGUACGCAUACCAGCUAAUGGGUCAACCUGAUCUGGCAUCCAAGCACACGUACUCUAUUAUGGAGAAACAGGGCCGCAUGGACAGUUUCAACCAUUUUAUGGUUGGGAAGUUCCUCAAGUUUGGGACGUUCCCGGAGCGCGUCAAGUCUAUGGGCUACGAUCUAGACAGCGCGCUCGCUGGCUCUGACUCUGUGGCAAUGGUUGAUAUCGGCGGUGGGCGCGGGGAGUUGCUCCUUGAAGUACAAGCCGAUUACCCGCAACUCGAAACAAAGGAAUUAAUCGUGCAGGAGUUCAACGCCGAUAUCGACUCCGUGCCUGGGGUCACUCUAAUGGAGUGGAAUUACAAGGAAUCGAGUGAGCAGCCAAUUCAAGGUGCGCGGGUGUACUCGCUACAACAUAUUUUGCAUAAUUUGCCUGAUCUGGAUGCUGUGGAAUUAUUGCAGAAAAUUUCCCGGGCCAUGGCUCCAGGUUCGAGAGUGCUAAUUAUCGAAUAUGCGAAAAAUUUGACUUAUACUUCGCUUCAUGCGAGCAUGAUUGCUUUGUAUGGCGGGCGUGAGCGGAGCGCGACUGAGUGGCGGCAGAUAGCGGGUUUGACGGGAUUGGAGGUCACUUUUGAGAAAUAUGUUAGGGCUGGUGAAUCUUUGGUGGAGAUGAGGAAAGUAAUUAGUUAG